AUGGGCGAUCUGCAACCGAGGAAAAGCCCUUUGGCAAACGACAUCCUGCUAGUUUUCAUUUCUACGGACCGCAACGAAGAAUGGAUCCGCAGGGUCGAGUCACGGUUUCCCGGCCUCGAGGUCCGGUGGGCCGCGAACCAUAAGCCGGACGGCGGCUUCAUAUUGCCGGAUGAGCUCCCGGACGAAGUCUGGGAUGGUGUCACAAUGAUUUUGAGUUUCAACCCCCCGUCGCCGGAAAAGUUGUCGAAAGUGCGGUUCGUCCAGUUGACGUCCGCUGGUGCGGAUAAAUGGCACAACCAUGAGCUGUACAAGAAGCCCGACAUCCCAUUCUGCACGACGAAUGGAUGCCAUCCGCCCCAAAUCGCCGAAUGGGUUAUCGGCAGCUGGCUGGCGAGCCAGCAUCACUUCUUGCGGUAUGCCGAGAACCAAAAACAAGGGUUCUGGGAAGGCCCGAUGGCCGUGGACUUUGAAGAUUCAGUCGGUCUGCGCAUGGGUGUUUUAGGCUACGGCGCUAUCGGUCGUCAGUGCGGAAAGAUUGCGCAGGCAAUGGGGAUGGAGGUCUACGCCUACACCAGGAGCGAAAAGCCGACCUCGGAAUCUCGGAAAGACGACAGCUACUGCAUUCCCGGGACCGGAGACCCAGACGGACUGGUGCCUUCAAAAUGGUUCCACGGCGCAUCGAAGGAGGCCGUAAAUAAUUUCCUCGCUCAGGAUCUCGAUCUCUUGGUUCUCGGCUUACCGUUGACGUCUGAAACGAGAGGCCUUUUAGGCGAAGAGCAGUUCGAGAUCCUCUCAAAAAAGAAGACGUUUGUCUCCAAUGUUGCCAGAGGACCGCUUAUUCAGACCGAUGCUCUGAUCAAGGCCCUAGAGUCCGGCAAGAUUCGGGCCGCCGCUUUAGAUGUUACGGAUCCCGAGCCAUUGCCGAAAGAUCACCCGCUCUGGAGAGCGCCGAAUGUGUUCGUCACCCCUCAUGUUAGUUGGCGCACUAAUGGAUAUUGGGAAAGAGUGUUGGGCGUCCUGGAAACGAAUCUGGAGCGCAUGGAUGCUGGAAAGCCUUUGAUUAAUGUUGUCAACAAGCAGCUUCAUUAUUGA